AGUCUAGUUACUGAGUUGAUUUUCACAAAAGAUUUGUUGCAGUCCUUUGAAGUAGCUGCUGGAGAACAGCACAAGAUUUGCACAGACAAAUGGAAGAAGAAUAUUAUUUAGAUUACAAUUACUCAUAUGAAUACCCUCAUGAAAGCAACGUCUGUGAAAUGGGUGACUAUUUCACAUUUAACAUCUAUCUCACUGCUGUCCUCUACAUUCUGGUAUUUUUUCUCAGUCUGCUAGGAAACACUUUGGUGUUAUGGAUCCUACUGAAAUAUGAAAACCUUACAUCCUUAACAAACAUCUUCAUCAUGAAUCUCUGUGUCUCUGAUUUAGUCUUCUCCUGCAUGCUGCCUUUUUGGGUAGUGGACCAGUCCUUUGGAUGGAUUUUUGGUGAGUUCCUUUGCAAAGCAUCAAAUGCUAUUUUCUCCGUUGGCUACUACAGCGGUGUUUUCUUUUUGACUCUCAUGACUGUCCUGAGAUACUUGUUUGUAGUGAACCCCCUUUCAACUCUGAGAUCCCAGAUGCAGUGUUGUGGUGUCCUGGUGUCCUUGGCUGUUUGGACUGUUAGCGCACUGAUUGUGGUUCCUGAGGUGAUUCACACCACAGUGCAAGAAGGCUUGGAAGAGCGGAGGUUCUGUGAUUAUGCUGACGGGAAUUGGAAAAAGGUGGACAUUUAUGUGAGAAAUGUACUCUUCCUGCUUUCCUUUGGAGUCAUUGUAUUCUGUUACUUCAAGAUACUCAUAAUCCUGCUUAGAACAAGAUCUCGCAGAAAGUACAGAACUGUGAAACUCAUCCUCAUUAUUGUGGUGGCUUUUUUCCUGUGCUGGGCACCCUACAACAUCCUCAGCUUUCUGACUACUUUUCCACCACCUACCUGUCAGUACAUGAAAGACUCCAACCUCGCCUUUCACAUCAGCCGUAAAAUUGCUUUUUCCCACUGCUGUCUCAACCCUGUGCUCUAUGUAUUUGUUGGAGUCAAGUUCAAGAGGCAUUUGGCACAGUUAUGCAGUCUGUGCUUACACUGCAGCAAUGGUCAAACCUCCAGCCCCACGACCUGCUAUGAAGGCAAAUUCCAGCAUGAAGGGACAUCUCUCUACUGAAGCAAGACCUAAUUAUUAGAACUAAUCCUGAAUAAACUUUCAGAUUUUGCAUGUCAUGGACAGCCUCUAAUUCUUAGAGGUGCUUCCCUCAGAAAGACACACAAAUUUACUCUUUGCAAACAUGUUGUGUAUAGAAAAUAGAAAAAUGUAUUUGCAGUGGGAUGAAGAGAUGACAAUGCCAAGAAAUUACUUCUCUUGCCUGAAAGUCUUAAGUUCACAAUUUUUUUGCACAGUGAGAUGGAUUUUCUCUCAUUUAUACUCUUUUGAAAAGAAACAAAAAUAGCUUUUUUUUAUUUGGGUAUUAAAACAUCAGGUUUUAAUGUAAAAGUUGUUGCAUAUCUCUUUGUUACCUGACUUAAAAUACUUGUAUAUUGCAAUGGACACUUACAUAUUGCAUGGAUUGUAUAUAGCAAUGGACACCUAGGUAUCUUUGUAAAUUUUAAUGUUUUUCACUGUUUAUCAGUGUACUCAUUGGUC